UUUUACUACAGGCUUGGACAUCACACACAGAAUGAGCUCUGUCUUUGAACUGAAAACACUCCAUUUCAUGCACUGAAUUUGAGCAACCACGGAUUCUUGCUCCAUAUGAGGAAGAAAAUCUUGAAAGCACCUUGUCUCCUCUUGAGUCUGUUCACAAGUUUGAAUCUCUGCUCCGGAAAAUUUGGGACACCGAUAACUGAUGAUGUGAGCAAGCUGUCAAUAUUGAAGCAGAAUAUCCCUUCUGAUUAUGAGAUUCCCCUAAGUUACAUUCCCAAAGAAGUGGCUGGCACGUGCUGGGUGGUUUUAAAUAUCUAUCCUUUGGAGCAAAGUCUUCGCAAGCUGGCCAACAUGUUCGGUGCCAUCUCCUCCAACAAAGAAAACAUACUUGUCUUCAUUGCCAUGCUGAAGAGUUUACGCUUCACCUUUGACCACGAGGAACUGGAAACAGCGAUGCAAGUCUUCCAGUGUCACUAUCGGGAGGGGAGCUUAAUGUCUGGUCUUUACUUUGACUACAUCAAAGACGUCUUGCAUACUGCCUCUCAAGGAACAACCGGCUUCUCAUGCAACCCGCCACCAUGCCUUAAUCCCCAACAAACACCAGGGGGUCAGGAGGAGGGUCGUGAAUCCAGCUGGUCGAAGAGAACACCCUUGCUUCUGGCUCUCAUCCCCUUCAUAGCUUGUGUUGUUAUCCUAGCAUGGCUGGUCAGGUCUGGAAGGCGUUUACCAGUGUGCAACACUGAAAAUAGCCAAAUGGCACCUUCUGACAUGAUUCCAACUGUGUCUGUCUCCAUCCCGCUUCAAACACUCACCCACGCUGCCAACACUCAGCCAGCGGGGGAGGCCAUCCCUGAACAUGAGAGUGGAUGAAGCAUGACUAAUAGAAAAGGGAUAUCUGGACAGCAGUUUAACAACUCACUCUCCAGGAUGUUCUGUGAUGGGCAAGAGCCUGCUGGAUAAACGAGUGUUGUCUGACACUCUUCCUCUUCUUUCACUCAUCUGAGUGCAUGGACCCGAGCUACCAGAGAAAACUCACCUGCUGCGAAGGCAGGCGUAUCACAAAAUUCCCCAGGCUCUUCUAGCACCUCACCUCCCAAAGAGUUUUUUUGGGACCAGAAGAUGAACUCUCUGCACAGUAGCUGGUUAUCUGCCAAAAUGUUCUAGCGAAGUACAUUAAUUGUCUCGUCUUGGCCAGUGUUUAACAGCAUUUGGCUUCUAUGUGCUGACCAAGUUGUUUUUUUUUCAUUCCUGCCAUUCCGAACUGUUGCCAUUCAGGGUGUUGCUGUGAAUGUAUCGCUGGAGCCUCAAAUCAAAAUGAUAUCACACUGUUAUUGGAGGACGUAAUUUCAUUCUGAGAUGGGACCCCUGUCAUCAAUUUGUUGGCUGUGGCCUGGUGGUUACAGAGAUGGUCCUUUCACUGCUGUGGAGUCAACAUACUGCUCUUUUUUCUGACUUAUCCUGAAAUGCAUUAGGGUACAUGCAGAGCAGUGCAUUCCUACCAGUACUGCCUUUUGUAAAACAACUUAAAUGUAUUUGGGGGAAAAAGGGCCGACUGAAGAAGCUGUGUAUUAUCUACUGCAGCUUGUCUUGUACUUGUUGUUGACGUUAUUCUGAUCUGUGAUCUGUCACAAAUUACCAACCAGCUAGUUGCAAACAACACACCGAGCAGUUCAACAAGCGCUCUACUUUGUGUAUCAAAGAUCUGACCAGAUGGCAGAGAGCCAUCGCCGGAGGCCCUUUGAAUCCCACCAUUGUGUUUCAAAGCUGUUGCCCAGUGAUUUAUAGCUGCUGCUCGGCCAACAGUGAGUUUGUUAGAGUUUUUCAUGGCUUAUUCACUGAGUCAAUCAUGUUCAGUCAUGAGAACAUGACUCCCCCGAGUGUGAGCGCUGUACUGUAUGUGUCAGAGACAGGGAGCGAGAGACAGUACAGACGGGACAAGGGAGAGUGAGGGAGAUAUGGAUAGAUAGAUGGAUGGACGGAUGAGCUCAGUGAGAAGCAUAAGGAGGGCUUGUUCUCGCCACAAAAGAACUGGCCGUAGGCUGGAGGAAAUGUCAGUUACAAACGCGACUGAUGUCGGCAGAUCACUAUGAAUCAACAGGCUAAGAAUCUUUCCAGACCACAGGCUAUGUGGCCUCAUCUACAGAUGAUUAUUAGUAUAUCAAUAACAGUUUUCUGAUUUACUUGCAAAACACAUCUAUGAUCUAUGGAUUAAUUAAUGUUUUCAUGUUGUAGAGAAGGUCUACAACGUGUGUUUUAUUGUGUAUCUGGUCACCAAUUAUACAAAUUGGUCAUUUUCUUUUUUAAUUUUGUGAAAAUGUGUAUUUGUAUUGUUUAUGAGAUGAUUAAGUUAUUUUGUCACACCACUUCCAAAAUGUUUGUUCGUUGUUGUUGUUAUAACUUUGUAAAUAAAAAGUAGACCAAUUCUAGUCAUGAAUGUACGGGGGGUGGACAAAAUACUGUGAACAUUCUGGGAAAACACAAUAUAACUUUGAAGUAAAUCAUUGCAAUGGAUGCUACAGCCUUGGGUCUUGUAGUUAGAUGUCAAUAGCUGUAUUUAUCAUCCCACUAAAUGCCGGUGUGUUAUAUAUCUUGUUUCUUAGUUUCAACUGAUCUCUGUUUCUCUUCUACACUUUCACUGAAACUCUUGCAGUUUGGCCUUUUUUGUUUGUUGUCUGUCUCAAGUUCUUUUGAUAAUUCACAUAUAAAAGUACUGAUUAU